AUAGUGUUUGUCGAGUUUUUCUUGUUUUGUGUGUUUUCAUUGGCGUUACCUUUGCUGAGAACGAUCGACACAAAAGAUUAGCCGAUUCUAUGGUCGAAGAAUAUUUGACUGUAAACUCGGAUGAUGUCAUCCCCGAAGACAUGAGUGCAGUUGAGGUGCCGUGUGAUAGACAUUUCAAGAGAGAGUCCAAUUCAUUGCACAGACAGUCGUUAUGCCGACCGCCCAGAAAGCAGUUGAUUGCCGUGAAAAUGCCCUCAAAGUAUUAUAUGCCGGGAGUCUAUCACAGGCCCAACAGCUACGAAGUGGACAGAUGUGACGGCGUGUGUCAGCACCCGAACCACAAGUGUCUGCCCAUCGAUAAGGAGAUCGUUGAAGUGCCCGUCACUUCAGACUUUCUCUAUAGCCGCCUAUUAAACGCUGGCAGUCGGUCGGCGCCCUCCUUACCGCCCGAGAAGUGUAUGCGCGUCAAAAUCGAGAGACACCUCCUGUGCAGCUGUCAGUGCGUUAUGAGCGCUCAGAACUGUAACGAUAAGCAAGUGUUUUCGGAGGACCGGUGCGCCUGCGAGUGUCGUGACACCACGAAAGCCAAGACCUGUUCCCAACACAACAGAAUGUGGUCUAACGAGAAGUGUGAGUGCGUGUGUCCGCCCACCACUUCCCGGCAAUGCUCAUCCGGUGCUCAAUUUGAUGAGAGCACCUGUCGGUCAGUAGUUAACCUUUCAGAUCAUUAG